AUGAAGAAUAUCACGUGGUGUAUGACCAUUUUGGUUUCCAGUCUUCUCAUAAUUGCAACAGGCUCACGGCAGACUGAUCACGGUGAGUAACCAUGCAAAGAGCUGCUUCUUUUAAUUCAAAUGAGAACAUUACAGCAGCCUGCCAACUGUCAAUGGUUAUAAAAGGGUUUCAACAACGAGACCCUGUUGUGAAAACAAUUCAAAGUGUUCUGGUUACUGGAAACAAUAAUUAGCGUGACAAUCUACAUGUAAGGGUUUCUAUGCAAAGUUGUAAAAAGAAAAUUUAACAUUAUUUUUGUUUUCUGUUUAUCGUCUUCACAGUCAUUCACAAAACGUCACCACAAAGUAACAAUCAACAUGCUCAUUGGUCCUCGUUCAAGCAAGAUAUAGGCUUUUAAUAAAAAUAUCCAGAGUUAAAAUACCAAUUUUAUCUUUUAGUUCCUGCAGAUUUCUCAGUUAAUAAGUUGGGAAAAGUUGGGGGUUACAUCAACAUAACACCACGUGCCUGAUACGUUCAUCUAUCGUCGUUUUCUUUUAGCUGCAUAACAUACAUGUAUUUUGAAAAUUCACUUCCAGGAGUUCGAUGGCUAUGGCUUCUGCCUAGCUUUGGUACAGACCAUAUGUAUGACUUUUUCUUAUUGAACUCGGAUUUUGUCGUAGACUGAUCAAAGCUGUUAUUACUUGCAGAAUCAAAUGCUGGCGAGAAGAUCGCAAUUCGUGUUUUCAACCACGACUAUCGAGCAACUGUGAAUGAUGUCCUCAGAAAACUGGAGACUGCACAACUCCAACGCAGGGGUUUCACCAGAACAGUCAUCAACGAAACUGUCACAACAGCAGAUGAAAGACCAGUUACUUCCACGGUACUUCACUUUUACAAAAAAAUUCCUUGCAGGCAGUUGAUGUAUGUUGAGGAAGAAGUGCGAAGACUUUGGCCCGAGGCCUGGGGAGAGGAGGUUUCUAGACGCGUUGUCUCCGCCGCUUCGCGCGCGAUGCUUUUUAGCGGGAAAAUGUGCACGGCUGGCAUAGAGGUUCAUUUCCCGCCACGCGGAGGUUGUGCUGCGAAGAAGGAGAAACGAAGCAGUAAACGAAAGUGUGAAGAUUGGUGUUUAUUUUGCUUUAGUGCUAAUGCCGAAAAUUAA